CAUCUCUGUGCUUUGGUUAUCGCCAAGCAAAAAUGUCUGCCUAAGGGAAACUCACAAGUUACAUAGUGGAUAUUUGCAAAAUACAGUCGCAAAAGAUAACGAUUUUAUUAUCCUUCAAACGCGAAACAAGGAAACCCACGCUGUCAUUGGCACACCAGAUCGCCCUAGUUGGAUUUAAUACGGCAGAGAUUUAGUAAAGGAUCGCAAGGAUGAACCCUCAGCAGCGGAUUGCCGCUAUCGGGACGGAUAAGGAGCUGAGUGAUUUGCUGGAUUUUAGCGCGAUGUUUUCUCCACCUGUAAACAGUGGGAAAAACAGACCGACGACUCUAGGAAGCAGCCAGUUCAGUGCAUCAGGUAUGGAUGAGAGGACAAGCCAGGCGUCGUGGGCCUCAGGUGGCCAGUCCAGCCCAUCCUAUGAGUCCUCCAGGGGCUUUGAAGACAGCACUCAUUAUCCUGAUCAUUUGAGUGACAGUCGAUUAGUGUCCCAUGAAGGAUUGUCCCCAGCACCUUUCAUGAGCUCCAGCAUAAUGGGAAAGCCUGAGAGGACUCCGUUCCCUGCUUAUGGAAGAGAACCUGGAGUCUCUGGAUGCCAGUCCUCUUUGCGGCCAGACAUGGGGCUGGCGAGCCCAGUGCCCGUCACCACCUCUGGAAAGUCACCCACUCCAUUCUACCCUUUCACUGGCUCCAAUCCACGAAGACGCCCCCUUCAGGACUCCGCUUCACUAGAUCCUCCGCAAACAAAGAAAGUGCGUAAGGUCCCCCCUGGCCUUCCUACAUCUGUGUACGCACCGUCUCCCAACUCAGAUGACUUCAACAGAGACUCGCCAUCUUACCCGUCCCCCAAACCCCCGAGCAGUAUGUUCGCAAGCACUUUCUUCGAUGGGACCCACAAUUCCUCUGAAAUGUGGAACUCAUCCAAUGGGAUCAGCCAGCCAGGUUAUGGGGGAAUGCUGGGAGGAUCUUCAUCUCAUAUGCCGCAGUCUGGAAACUACAGCAACCUGCACUCACACGACCGCCUGAACUAUCCACCACACUCGGUGUCGCCCACAGACAUCAACGCUAGCCUGCCACCCAUGUCCAGCUUCCACCGCAGUAGUGCCAGCACCUCGCCCUUCGUCACCGCAUCUCACACCCCACCUGUCAACACCGCAGAGGGAGUCAUGGCUGCUGCCAACCGAGGGAACGCCACUGGAAGCUCUCAAACUGGAGAUGCGCUGGGAAAAGCCUUGGCUUCGAUUUAUUCUCCUGAUCACACCAGCAGUAGUUUUCCCUCAAACCCUUCCACUCCAGUGGGCUCUCCCUCUCCUCUGACGGCCCAGGCGGGCGCUGCCACAGCAGGUACAGUGGUGACAGCCAGCGGCCCAACAGGAAGGGCAGGUACAACUCAGUGGUCCCGUGCGACCGGACAGGCACCUUCCUCGCCAAAUUACGAAAACUCCCUCCACUCUCUGAAAAAUCGCGUGCACCAGCAGCUUCAUGAGCAUCUGCAGGAUGCCAUGUCCUUCUUAAAGGAUGUCUGCGAGUCUCGAAUGGAGGACAGGUUGGAUAGGUUGGAUGACGCGAUCCACGUCCUGCGAAACCACGCCGUGGGUUCCACUACCAACCUGUCGAGUGACCUCCACAGCCUGUUGGGACAAGCACACAAUGGGCCAGUCGCAGCCAUCGGGAACAAUUUCCCCGCGUCUGGAUUGGUGACCAGCCGAACAGCACAGAUGGGCUCUGUUCACCGCGAAGAGGCCGUUAGCCUGAACAACAACCAUGGUGGCUUGCAGGCCAGUGCCGGCCCCACCUCCUCAGAGCUCAACCACGCAGCGGAAGCAUUCAGAGCACUUGCUGGCAGUCUGGCUAGCCAGGUUGGUCCUCUGGAGCUCAAGGUUGAGAAUCAAGACAAGGACGACAUGCAUGAUGAACACUCGUCUGACGACCUCAAAUCGGACGAUGAGGGCAAUAAAAGGGAUCUUAAGGCGAGGGGAGCAUCCCGCCCAAGGCAAGGGCCUUCAUCACCAAACAGUAUCAAUGAUGACGAGGACCUAAAUCCUGAGCAGAAGGCAGAGCGUGAGCGCGAGAGGAGGAUGGCCAACAACGCCCGCGAAAGGCUGCGGGUCCGAGACAUCAACGAAGCAUUUAAAGAGCUGGGCCGCAUGUGUCAGCUCCACCUGAAGAGCGAGAAGCCCCAGACCAAACUGCUCAUCCUUCAUCAGGCCGUCGCUGUUAUUCUCAGCCUCGAACAGCAAGUCAGAGAGAGGAAUCUAAACCCCAAAGCAGCCUGCCUUAAAAGAAGGGAGGAGGAGAAGGUGUCAGGGGUUUCAGGUGACCCCCAACAAGCCCACCCGCCUGUGCACCCAGGCCUCACAGACGCAUCCAACCCCAUGGGCCAUCUUUGAACACUGGCCAGAUCAAAUGGAUCCUGAUAGCGUGUGUUAGACAGAGUUGGUGACCUUGCUUUCCACGGGCGGACAGGACUCACAGUUUGUGACACCGAUUUGAAAAGACAGACCACUUGAAGCAAAAUUCCACCGUUAAGCAAUCCUGAGAUGAAAACUGGCAAGUGCCCAGCUCCCUGUGAAGACAUCCCGUAUCGAUAAGCAACUUUCUGCCCAACCGAGAAAAGAAAAUCAAGCGAAGAAGCCCCUCAGCACAUAUCGCUGUCCGCAAGCUGUGUGCCGCAGCUGUACAAUCAGAGACUGUCGCCACCCCCUCCACCCUCUACGUGGAAGUUGCCUUGUGCCUAAGCUGAAUUGACGAAUGCAUUGUAACAGCAUUUGUUUUAUUUUCGUUUGUUGAUUUUUUUUCCUAUUUAUUACGUUACUGAGCUGUAAGUCUGUGUUUAAAGGGAAAGUUCUGACAUUGCUACGAAAGCUAGUGGCGUUUCAGUAGAUCUGCAGUUUGUCGCGUGCCGUCCGCACCAUCUCCCUCGUGUCGCUCCGUUCAACAUCCGCACUAUGAGAUUAAUAUAUUUUUAUCGCACUCGGAUCAAAUUCCAUGCCCUCGAAAGAAUUUGAUGGCGUUCCCUUUGUUUAGAAAAAAUAAUAUAUUACUUAUAUUUAUCAAACAUUCAUUCCGCAAGUAUCAGCAUGAGAAACCAAACUACCUAAAUCUUUCUUUUGUACGUCGAUAGCAAGACGAGAGAUGAAGAGUGAGGCCAGAUGACUGCGUUUUCGGUCGGAUUCCUCAAAGUUUGAUGGUGGAACGGCAAACUCUGGCUUUACUGAAAGGUCAAAGAUCAAACACAAACUGACAUGUUUAUACUCAUUAGUAAGCAGUACAGAUACAGAAAGCAGUAAGUUACAAACCCCAGCAUUCCCUGCAUAUUUUCUUAGCGUCUUAAAUGGAGAACGGGACACAGUCUCUUCCUUUUGAUUCCUUUGCCAUAUAGUGUUAAAGGGAAAAAGAAAUAUAUUUCCGAUGCAGUUUAUUUGUAUUCAAAUGUUACGUUAUUACGGGCGUGGUAAUGCCGAGGGCAUUUGUACCGAGCAACCUCUGCAUCUAAGGCGUUAGACAUGGCACUGCGUGAGAAGAGUUGGAUUUAAAACGAUGACCAUUACUUCACCUGGCCUGAAUUGAAAUUUUGCUUUAUGUUUGUUCUUUUUCUAAAAACAUUAACAGUUAAAAACGAAAACGAAAAAAAAUACUCAAAGUAACCACAUGUUAUAUGUUUAUUUGUACUUGUAUACAAAGCAUUUCUCUAGGCUUCAUAGUAAAGCGUAUAUUUGUUGUGUGAAAAUAGAAGGAGGUUCUAAGUUACUCAGAAUGGCUUUGUCUUUCCCCCGAUGCAUUGGAGUACUUGAUACUCGAUCAGCAGAAUGUGAGCGCAAUGUCUGUUCGAAAACAAGAAGCUCUAUGAAUUCAAAUGCUGUGAAGCAUCAAAAUCAGCGAUCAGUGGAAAUCAGGAUUUUCUCUGCCAUUAUUGCUUUGGGUUUUUUUGUGUGUUUCAGAGAGCAGCAGACACCACUUAUUUUCGUUGUAUAAUGUAUGCUUUUUACUUUAAGACCAAAAAGUUUUUUUGCUUUGAAUCUUUUGAUUUUACCCGGUUUGUUGUCUUCCGUGCUUUCACUCCAUUCGGCCACACUUAAAUAUUAAUCAGUCCAUUAAGUCAGAAGGAACAAAAAACAUUAAGAAACAUUUAUUACAAUAUCAGCAUUAAUUUCCAAAUCUGUGUUUCUCUCUCUCUUUUUUUGUGGAGUUACCUUCCUUAAAAAAAAUCCACUAGUCUUUGUGGCCUUGUUAUACAUUUCAGUAUUCAAGAGCUUGUAUUUUUGCCGGCUGCAAAUUAAUCGAGGUUAUGAGUCAUCUGUUUGUCUAUUGUUUCAUUUUCCCUGCGUUUAUUCUGUUUUUCUGUAUGUUAGUUUUUGCUGUAUGCCCUGAUGCUUUCCCUCAUAACGAAAAAAUCUACGAAAAGGAUAAAAAAAAACAUUUGGCUUAUUUUUCACUAUAGUUAGUCUUUUAUACAAUAAUAUUGUAAGAACAUUUCUUGAAUUCUAAAUAUUACUCUUUCUAGAUUUUUGAAAUCAAAAGUUUUGAGUAAAAAGUUUCUUACUUUAUUUUACUAUAUUAGAUAGUAAAACAAAUGUACGGUUAUUUACCAUAACCUGUCCAUUAUUAUAAUAAGAAAGAUUAUUGAUAGCAUCUUAAGAACAUCCGUAGGAUUGUAGCUCGCAGUCUAGUACAUAUGGGGUAUUGUACGAGCCUGAUGUUCCAGAAGAUGUGCUCUCCAUUUCUGUCUCCAGUCUGCAUUGUUGGUUGAUGAAAGAUUUGUACCCAUGUCAAAAUUCAAGGUAUUGUCAAUGCACAUCAGAAAACCAGCAGUAAGAAGUUUAAUUCUUUUUUUCUGUCUCUGUAACAGAAAACACAAUAUGUAUAUAACAUUUAUGUAGCAAUAAAUGUGCCAUCUUUUUUAA